AUGAACCAAUUGAAGGAAGAGACAAAGAAAGAUAAAGUAAUGAAAAUGCUACGACAGUACGUAGAAAAUGGAUGGCCAGAUCUACGCAGUAAAGUCGAUUUGGAUGUUUUGAAUUACUGGGACUUUAGAGAGACUCUUUCAGUACAAGAUGACCUACUGUUUAAAGGAGAUCGAGUAAUAAUUCCUGAGUCAUUAAGAACUGAUAUGUUGAAAGCUAUACAUCAAGGACAUUUUGGAUCUGAAUCAUGCAAACGUAGGGCUCGAGAGUGUUUAUAUUGGCCAAAGAUGAGCUUAGAAAUAGAAGCAGAAGUUAGAAAGUGUGAAAUCUGCAAUGCCCAUAAGAGUCAUCAACAAAAGGAGCCUCUACAAUCACAUACUGUACCACAUCGACCGUGGAGUAAAGUUGGAGCAGACCUGUUUGAAUUGAAUGGUAGAAGCUAUCUUCUUAUGUUAGAUUACUACAGUGGAUUCUUUGAAAUUGAUUAUUUGUUAAAUACAACAUCAAAGACAGUUAUCACAAAGAUGAAAUCUCAAAUUGCGAGAUACGGAAUUUUCGAAGAUCUUAUAACAGAUAAUGGUCCACAAUUCAGGAGUAGAGAAUUUCGUGCAUUCUCGUUACAGUAUGGAUUUAAACAUACAACAAGUUCACCUGGAUAUCCAAAAAGUAACGGCAUGUCAGAACGUGCUGUGCAGACAGCAAAAGCAAUCAUAAAAAAAGCAAAAUAUGAUAACACCGAUCCUUAUUUAGGACUCCUUAAUUAUAGAAUAACACCUAGAGAUGAAAUUGUUGGCAGUCCAGCUCAACGACUAAUGGGACGAAGAACUAGAACAUUAUUACCAAUAUCAGAGAAGUUACUUGAAUUUCAACCAUUAAACCCUGUUAAUGUUCAAGAAAAAUUGAAAUGUAUCACAAGAAACAAAAGAGUUUUAUGA